UCUCCAGCGGCAGGGGCGCCUUAAAGCGUCUUCCGCCGUCGCUGUUUCAGUCUCCGCAAAAAUGGCCGCGACCGGACGUCUAUCCCAGAAGCUCCUGAAGUCCGCUAGGCUGACCCAGACCCGCCAGCUUUCCGCCGCAGCAGCUCACGGCGAAGAUGCAGCCAAGACCUGGAAGAUCCUGUCGUUCGUGGUAGCGCUGCCCGGCGUGGCGGUGUGCAUGCUCAACACCUACCUCAGGAUUCAACAGCACAGCCACGAGCAGCCCGAGUUCAUCCCCUACAGCCACCUGCGCAUCCGCAGCAAGCGUUUCCCAUGGGGUGACGGCAACAAGUCUCUCUUCCACAACUCCCACGUCAACGCCCUCCCCGACGGCUACGAGCAUCACGAUCACUAAAGGCUGUCCGGAGCUCUCUCAGAACUCCCCUACUGGGACCAGAGGGCCCUCUGUCUCCCCCUCUAGUUUCUCUGGACCACUCCUCAAUUUCAUAAUAUCAGUUUACGUGACAUCUGUCCAGUACGUUAAACUUACCUCUGUGCUCUCCGCACCUUGCGGGAGUACCUUAUGGAAACAGUUACAUUUACCUAAGGACCAUUGUAUCACAUCGUCAUUACAACUGAAUUAAAAUCUGUUCAUUAAAUUAUAAA